AUGCUCCUGGUUCAGAUCCCCAUGCUGUCCAGAUUCACCUUCUUGGACCAGGUGUAUCUAUCUGCGAGCUUUGCAGUGCUUUAUGUCGUUGUGAUGGGUUGCAUGGGGUACUGCGCCUUCAUAGAUCCCGGGCAGGUCAAAAAGACCCGCAACACCAAAGUUGGUGCCAUGGACAUUGAGGAGGCUCCAGACCAACCUUCACGCAGAAUUGGAAGUCAGAAAUCGCAUCAAAUCGUUGCAUUUUGUCAUGGCAAUAUCCCCGCCCGAUCCGGCGCUACGACCACUAUUGUGCCCUUGGUUGCAAUCGGCCUUUCAAACCACCGUGAGUUUGUGGUGACGGUGGGGGGUCAAGACCUUGGAAAUGCGUGUUGGGCCAUGCACCAAUGUGAGGACCAACGAAACAUGGAUGAGCUUCAGGCCUAUUUUGAAGAUCCACGUCGGGUUGAUCUCAAGGCGCGUUCUGGGCAACUUGCAAAGAGUCGCAUCAUGUUGGUAGACUUCGAAUUCUUGUACUUGCUCGGAAAGGAACGAGACGGCCCAAGAGUGGAAGAAGAAGGAACCCUUUUGACAACGGGAGAUUCACAAACUGCUGGAACUUUUGGUGCCAGCCCCGUUGGCCUGCUGCCAGGGGCUUACUUCUAUGCCACGCUAUGUCUGCUGCCUGUGCUUACGGAAGCACCUUGGAAAAAAAUGGCACAGGUGACAGUGGUAGUGACUCUCUUGACCAGCAGCAAGCCACCAACCCGGCGCGAAGAAGACAAAGAAGGUCCGAGCGAGGACCUUUUGUGGCGUAGCGGCGUAGACCUUAAGCCAGUGUUGACUGUGGCGGCGACCGCUGGCAAUUUUGGUUUGGGGAUAUUCUUGGCCAGCAGCUCGGAGCAGCCAGCCAUGCCGCCACCCGAGGCAGCUGCAGCUCCAAGCUGUGACACAGUGAGACUCACAGUGAGACUCACAGUGAGACUCACAGUGACUCUCUUGACCAGCAGCAAGCCACCAACCCGGCUCGAAGAAGACAAGGAAGAUAUGCAGGUGUAUCUAUCUGCGAGCUUUGCAGUGCUUUAUGUCGUUGUGAUGGGUUGCAUGGGGUACUGCGCCUUCAUAGAUCCCGGGCAGGUCAAAAAGACCCGCAACACCAAAGUUGGUGCCAUGGACAUUGAGGAGGCUCCAGACCAACCUUCACGCAGAAUUGGAAGUCAGAAAUCGCAUCAAAUCGUUGCAUAUUGUCAUGGCAAUAUCCCCGCGCAAUCCGGCGCUACGACCACUAUUGUGCUCUUGUUUGCAAUCGGAGAGGAGGCUUUCAGUUCCCUUUCGUUGGUAUCUGGACCAGGCAGGGAAACUUUUGAGCUACUGCGCUGCAGAGAGUGGCCUCGGGCGUCACCCGUGAGCAGCUCCUUCCACGCCAUGUCGGCGGAGCCCUUGCGAGGUUGGCCCUGUGUCGUGACGGCAUCACGAUGCAGGAGCUUUUCGAACUAUGGAGGUCAUGGCAGCAGGGCAGCUGUACCUGGGUGGAAUGUCGGCUGUGCUGGGUCCCAACGUUCACAUCCUGCCCAACGUGUGGAGGAGCAGUCUGCAAGGUAUGCAGACGAGGAGGAGACUUCUGCAGAUUGUGACCUUGCCUAUGCCUUCGAGAACUACCAGGACGCUAUGUCAGCGGGGGGCCAUGCUCUUGCGGCACAAUGGGCCUCAGCCCGGUCCAGUGGCUCGGGUUCAGCAAGAGAUAAGGUUCCUAAGCCGACCCUGAAGCCGAUGAUCCAGAGGCGGCAGGGAGUGACCCUGUCGACCAGUCGAUAUGGCCCUGAUGCAGUGGUGCAGCGGGUCGAAUCACUUGCACAGUGUUUUGAAGAAAUGUCUGUGCAGCGGCCGGCCCACAAGGUGACCGAGGCUCGUCUGGCGGAGUGGCGGAAGCAGUGCAGAGGCGCCUCGGCAUUGAUCAGGGCAGUGAUGAUGGGUGAAACCUUCGAGGAGUGCACUCCAUCUGCAGGGCUUCAAGCUGGUGCCCCUUUGCAUGCAUCGCGCUUGACGGACCCGAUGUUCACCGAGGAUGGCGACGAGGAGCGAGCAAGAGUCCCUAGGCGAGACAGAGUAGCCAACCUGCUUCAUGAAGGGCAAUUGCCAGAGGGGGCCAUCUAUGUAGGACAAGGACAUCAUUCACAUCGGCUCCCUACCACAUGUUGGAAGCCCCCCUUUGUGGCUGGUCAUGACUGUGCUCCCGAUGAAGUGAUGCCCUUGUACAUAGACCACAUCAAGCGCAACUUCUACCAGGACCUUCAUUCCCUCUUGGGGAAGACUUUAGUCUGUGAUUGUGCUGAAGAGGAGCUUUGCGAGGCUGAUGUUCUGGCCGGAUUGGUUUUUGAAGUUACUAGCCCAAGUGCAUCGGCCCCUCACCCGAGGGCAGCUGGAAUACCACCCAGAAAGGUCGUGCGUGGGCCUAAACGGGGCAGAGUGGCCCUGGCAGCACUGCAAGCACCGACACUGGCCAGUUCUUCAGUGGUGCGAUGGACGCAGGCACAAGGAUUGGAGUGGGAUGGACCUCUCAAUCCUUCGGGGGGUGCGUCGGAUGCAGCCCUAGAGUGUCCAGGGCAGGGCUCCGAGGGUUUUUGUAUAGUCUGGAUGGAUCAUCCUGGUGCCACUAGGGAGGCUUUCAUCGCAGACCUGCCACCAGCAGUGUAUGACCUGUGGGAACCAGGUGAUCGCAAGAUUGCACAACUGGAGAUGGUUGUCAUCUUGCAGGCAUUGGUCUGUAGACCGGACCACUUUCGCGAGCGACGCGGAGUGUGGUUUAUUGACAACGUGGCGGUUCUUAUGACACUGAUCAAGGGACGAAGUGAUUCCCCAGAUCUUGAAGUCAUGAGUGGCAUAAUCCACGCAUUGCUUUUUGCAUAUAAGACCUGGAUCUUUUGGGAAGGGGUCCCUUCCAAAAGUAACUGGACUGAUUCGAUCAGCCGGUUAGGCCUUUCAAACCACCGUGAGUUUGUGGUGACGGUGGGGGGUCAAGACCUUGGAAAUGCGUGUUGGGCCAUGGACCAAUGUGAGGACAAACGAAACAUGGAUGAGCUUCAGGCCUAUUUUGAAGAUCCACGUCGGGUUGAUCUCAAGGCGCGUUCUGGGCAACUUGCAAAGAGUCGCAUCAUGUUGGUAGACUUCGAAUUCUUGUACUUGCUCGGAAAGGAACGAGACGGCCCAAGAGUGGAAGAAGAAGGAACCCUUUUGACAACGGGAGAUUCACAAACUGCUGGAACUUUUGGUGCCAGCCCCGUUGGCCUGCUGCCAGGGGCUUACUUCUAUGCCACGCUAUGCGUCUGCCGCCUGCGCUUACGGAAGCGCCUUGGAAAGAAUUUGGCACAGGUGAAAGUGGUGACUCUCUUGACCAGCAGCAAGCCACCAACCCAGCGCGAAGAUGACAAGGAAGGUCCGAGCGAGGACCUUUUGUGGCGUAGCGGCGUAGACCUUAAGCCAGUGUUGACUGUGGCGGCGACCGCUGGCAAUUUUGAUUUGGGGAAUGAGUCUGCCUCCUUGACGGGUGGACUCCAUGGACCGACUCUCUUGACCAGCAGCAAGCCACCAACCCGGCGCGAAGAAGACAAGGUGUAUCUAUCUGCGAGCUUUGCAGUGCUUUAUGUCGUUGUGAUGGGUUGCAUGGGGUACUGCGCCUUCACAGAUCCCGGGCAGGUCAAAAAGACCCGCAACACCAAAGUUGGUGCCAUGGACAUUGAGGAGGCUCCAGACCAACCUUCACGCAGAAUUGGAAGUCAUGGCAAUAUCCUCGCGCAAUCCGGCGCUACGACCACUAUUGUGCCCUUGUUUGCAAUCGGUGCCUCAUGGCAAGGGAAUGAAGGUUUUUGCCUUGCUCCUUGGUGA